UCUCUUAGAAAACUAACAAAAAUCACUCAUUCAAAAAGAUUAUCUAGAAUAUAGUAGAAGCCUCGCAAUUUUCUUAUUAAAAGUUAACCAAAGAACAUCCCAGAUUACCCUCGAAUUGGAUACGUUUUUCUGGAAUAUUAUUGAAUUCUCUGGAGAACAUCUAACUUUUUUACACUCCCAUCGCAUAAAUCUCUCCAUUCAUUGCCUAUAAAGACCACGACACCACCUCUAAUUCGUCUUCACCAAGUAAUUUUCAAGCAUAUCAAACGCUACAAUCAAGGAAAUAUUCGUUCAAGCUUUUUAUUAAACGUUCUUCUGUUUCCUUCAAACAACAAAGCCCCAAAAAAUGUCUCUGAUUCCAAGCUUCUUCGGUGGUCGCAGGAGCAACAUCUUCGACCCAGUCUCCCUCGACCUAUGGGAUCCGUUCGAGGGCUUCCCAAUUUCAAGCACAAUCGCUAACACCCCCUCCUCUGCUCGUGAAACCUCUGCUUUCGCAAAUGCAAGAAUCGAUUGGAAGGAGACCCCACAAGCUCACAUCUUCAAAGUAGACGUGCCGGGGAUCAAGAAAGAGGAAGUGAAAGUCGAAGUUGAAGAAGGAAGGAUAUUACAGAUAAGCGGUGAGAGGAGCAGAGAGCAGGAGGAGAAGAAUGAUCAGUGGCACCGUAUGGAGAGGAGCAGUGGCAAGUUUUUGAGGAGAUUUAGGCUGCCGGAGAAUACGAAGAUGGGGGAAAUUAAAGCAGCUAUGGAGAAUGGAGUGCUCACUGUAACUGUUCCUAAAGAAGAGGAGAAGAGAUCUGAGGUGAAGGCAAUUGAUAUCUCUGGUUAAACAAGUCCAUGCAGAUCAACUGUUGUUUUAAAGUCCUUAGUAAGUUAUGUUUGGUGUAAUCUGAAUUAUGUGUCUGUGUAAUUGUCUAAGUUGUGGGUCUUGGCUUUGGAGUUGUAAACAAGAAAAUGUUGUGAGAGUUUGAUUAAUGAAUAAUUUCCUUUUAGCAUUUAUUUUAAA